AUGGUUAGACAUAAUUUAGAUGGAAAAAUAUAUGCAAUGAAAGUUUUAGUUAAAGAACAAAUAAAACGUCGUAAUGAAGUUAAGCAUGUUAUGGCAGAGAAGAAUGUUCUUUUAAAAAAUAUAAAUCAUCCAUUUUUGGUUUCUCUACAUUAUAGUUUUCAAACAAAAAAUAAAUUGUAUUUUGUUUUGGAUUUUUUAAAUGGAGGAGAGUUAUUUUUCCAUUUACAAAAAGAACGUUCAUUUUGUGAAUCUAAAGCAAGAUUUUAUUCAGCAGAAAUAGCUAGUGCUAUUGGAUAUUUACAUGAACAAAAUAUUAUUUAUCGAGAUUUAAAACCAGAAAAUAUAUUAUUAGACCGUUAUGGACAUGUUGUUUUGACUGAUUUUGGUUUGUGCAAAGAAGGAAUUAAAUCGAAAGAUACAACAAAUACUUUUUGUGGAACACCUGAAUAUUUAGCACCAGAAGUUAUUGAGAAAAAACCUUAUGAUCGUACAGUAGACUGGUGGUGUUUGGGCUGUGUAUUAUUCGAAAUGUUAUUUGGUUUACCUCCAUUUUACAGCAAAAACCAACAAGAAAUGUAUCAAAAAAUAAUUAAUCAACAAUUAAUUAUACCUUCAAAUAUUUCUUUAUCUGCUAGAAAUUUUCUACAAAGAAUUCUCCGAAAAAAUCGUUUUGAACGACUUGGAGCUAGAAAUUUUGAUGAAAUUUGUUUUCAUCCUUUUUUUGCUUUAAUUGACUGGGAAAAAUUAAAUAGAAGAGAAAUUAGAGUUCCGUUUAUUCCUAAAAUACGGAGUGAAACUGAUACAAUAAAUAUUUCAAGAACAUUUACUGAUAUUGAGCCAAAUCCAGGUUGGGAAAAAGUUUAUAAAAAUUAG